AUGGCCUCAACACGACAAGAGCUAAUCGCCCCGAACGGACGAAAAAUUUCUCUCAACACUGGCCUGUUCAUUGGCAACGAAUGGGUUCGCGCCGCUGAAGGCGGGCUCAUCGAAAGCAUAAACCCAGCUAAUGAGACGGUGAUCACAUCGGUGCAGGCUGCUACUGAAGCCGAUGUUUAUAUCGCAGUGCGAACAGCCAAAGCCGCACUCAAGCAUCCCAGCUGGGCAGAUCUUCACCCUUCAAGCCGGGGAUCUCUACUCCGAAGACUCAGUGACUUGGUAGAAGAGCACAGUGUCGACCUCGCGACUCUGGAAGCAUGGGACAGCGGAAAACCGUACUCGGUCGCUUUGAAUGAAGACGUCGCUGAAGUAAUUACUUGUCUACGCUACUUUGCAGGGUGGGCGGAUAAAGCACACGGGCAGGUCAUUGACGGCGGCGCUUCGAAAUUCGCGUAUACCAUUCGCGAGCCAUUCGGUUGUGGAAACACGGUGAUCCUCAAACCAUCGGAGCUAACGCCACUUGCGAUUCUCUAUCUUGCCGAUCUCAUCAAGGUCGCUGGCUUCCCUCCUGGUGUCGUUAAUAUCCUAAACGGACACGGCCGAGAAGCAGGCGCUGCGAUCGCGAAACACCCGGAUAUCGCAAAAAUUGCGUUCACGGGCAGCACGUCUACAGGCCGCGAGAUAAUGAAGAUGGCAGCUUCGAAUCUAAAAGCCAUCACGCUGGAGACGGGCGGGAAGUCGCCUUUGCUUGUGUUCAAGGACGCCGACAUGGAACAGGCUGUGAAAUGGGCACAUACCGGGAUCAUGAGCAAUCAAGGCCAAAUCUGCUCCGGGACUAGUCGCAUCCUGGUCGAAAAGGAUGUUUAUGAGUCGUUCAUUGAAGCCUUUAAAAGUUUUACGCAAGCCACUAGCAAAGUGGGUGAUCCGUUUGCCGAAACAACGUUCCAAGGGCCACAGAUCUCGAAAUCGCAAUAUGACCGAAUUCGUGCAUACAUCGAUUCGGGCAUUAAGCAAGGCGCUCGGCUGGUAUUGGGGGAAUCCUCUAGCCGAGAUCACGGCGGAAAGGGGUUUUUUAUCGAGCCGACGAUUUUCUGUGACGUGUCUCCGGACAUGGAUAUUUACCGAGAAGAGAUAUUUGGUCCGGUCGUCGUCAUUUCACCAUUUGAGACGGAAGAGGAUGCCAUUGAGAAAGCUAAUGAUUCUCCAUAUGGGCUGGCAGCUUCUGUGUUUUCUCAAAAUAUUACCAGGUGCCAUCGUUUGGCGAAAAAGAUCGAAAGUGGAACUGUCUGGAUCAACAGCAGCAAUGACAGUGACUCGUUGACGCCAUUUGGUGGAAUGAAACAAAGCGGCAUUGGUCGCGAACUUGGUCAAGCUGGAAUGGAGGCGUACUCUGUUAUCAAAUCGGUGCAUGUGAACCUGGAGGCAAAGCUAUAG